AUGGCCGCCACCGAGAACCUCGCCUCCUUCAUCUGUCCUCGCUUCGUCCGGGCCGCGCCCUCCGCGUGGUGGUCUCCGUGCCGGCCUCCCAUUCCAAAUCCAUCCGCCCUGCUCCCUCUCCGCCUGCGCGGCCGAGCUGCUCCCCGACGACGCGGGCGGCUCGGCCAAGAAGCCGGCGACCGGCGGCGGGGGCAUCGGCGUCGUGCGCCAGCUGCGCGCGCUCGUCGCCGCACGGUGCGUCGAGGUGGUGGCCAGGAGGGUGGUGGUGCUCAUCGACGUGCACCUGCCCGUCGCCGCCUGGUCGGGGCGGCAGUUCCGCCUGUCGCGCUCCUCCGCCGCCGCCGCUCUGUUCAAGAUCAGUCUUCCUCGGAUCAACCCGCCCUUCUGAGCCAAUGUGUAGAGCCUCUCCUCUUCGCGCGUCUGCCGUGGAUCGCUCAUCAACCUGCUGAGCUCUUUCUGGAUAGGACAGAGGUACAAUACUUACAUCCAUGGCAGAAGGUUCUUAACCCUGAACUCAUGAAAGGUCCUUGGACUCAAGAGGAAGAUGACAAAAUUAUUGAUCUUGUAAGAAAGUAUGGACCAACAAAAUGGUCUCAUUUCAAGGACCUGCAAAAGGACCCUCCCACCUCAGUGCUGGUGAUUUCCCCUCUGCCCCGUUUGAUUCCGUCUAGAUCUUGCCCCGAAUUGUAUUGCGUCUGGAUGAGCGCGCCGUUGGCGUGGCCUGGUUGUCGAUUAUUUAGCUGUGCUCUCGCAGUGCUUUUAGGUUUGCUGGAUUGAUUGGUGGAGAAUACUGCUUAUGAACUGUACAUGGACUACUAAUAUGAUUGACUCAUGUCAAGUGUGAUGUAUCUUCUGAGCAAGUCAUUAAAAAAACCCUUGGAUUUUGUUCUGUCAGGUUAUAAAGUAUGCCAACCUUAUUAUAGUUUACGGUCAGU